UCUGUAGGUGGUGGGCUUGGAUUGAUGAUGGGCUUGCUUCUUGGGGCGUUAGACACUCCUCUAAUGCAAGACGAAAUGACUGGCAGACAGCAGUUCAUAUACCAAGCAAAGCAGAUGGGCCGGAGGAGUUGGAGUUCUGCAAGAGCAUUUGCAGUUAUGGGGUUUGUUUUCUCAGCUGCUGAGUGUGUUGUUGAAAAGGCACGAGCUAAACAUGACACAACAAAUACAGUUGUUGCUGGAUGUGUAACUGGAGGUGCACUGUCAGCAAAAGGUAACCUUUUCCCUGAUCUGUUAACCCUUUGUCUUCGUUGAAAGUGUAAUAUGAAUUUGUGAUAUGUUGUUGUACAAAACUUCAAACCGACAUAUACAGAUCUUACACUUCAGAUGAAGUCCAUAAAUCCAAGGAAUUUCGUUGUCUAUAUAAUGAUUAUUGUCAACUCUGCAUUCAGGCAUAUCACCAUAUGAUUCUCCCUGCACACUUUCUUUCCCUUUCUUCUC